AUGUCAAAGUUAGAUUCAGCAUUAGAUUUAAUGAGAAGAUUGCCACCUGCUCAAAUCGAAGAUAAUUUGGCAGGUUUGCUCGAUUUAGUUCCAGACUUAACUGAAGACUUGUUGUCCUCAGUCGAUCAACCAUUGAAGAUCGCUUUCGACCCAGUUUCAAAGCGUGAUUAUCUUCUUUGCGAUUAUAAUAGAGAUGGUGAUUCUUAUAGAUCACCAUGGUCAAACAAAUACGAUCCACCCAUUGGAGAUGGUGCUCUUCCAUCACCAAAGUUGAGAGAGAUUGAAGUUCAAGCCAAUGAAGUAUUUGAUAUCUAUCGUGAAUUAUAUUUCGAAGGUGGUGUUUCAUCAGUUUAUUGUUGGGAUCUCGAUGGUGGAUUUGCUGCAGUAGUUUUGAUUAAGAAGACUCAAGAUCAAUCAAAGAAGGGACAACCAAUGAGAGGUACUUGGGACUCUAUUCACGUCGUUGAAGUCAAGGACAUGAAGAAGAACGCUCGUUACAAAUUGACCUCCACCAUUAUGCUUUCGAUCGAGACCGAAAACGACAACACCGGAAACGUCAACUUGUCAGGUAGUUUGACCAGACAGGAGGAGAAGGAAGCCCCAGUCAACGACGUCGACACUCACAUCACCAACAUCGGUAAGAUGGUCGAAGAGAUGGAAUCGAAAUUGCGUCUCACCCUCGAAACCAUCUACUUUGGUAAGACAAAGCAAGUUGUCAACGAGUUGCGUAGUGCCACCGGUUCAUCCGAACUCGAGAAGAGAAAGAACCUUUCCAACCAAAUUGGUUCUGCUUUGAGCUCACGUCAAUAA